AGACGCGCGUCGCUCCCCGCGCACGUGUGCACGCGGAAUGCACUCUGCACGCGCUCGGGGGCGCCCUUGUUUUUCCUUCCCAACCACUUCCGGAGGUUUGCCGGGAGGAUCCGGGGCUGAGCCGCUUCCUCCGCCUCGCAUUGCACAAAAAAGAAGAGGUGACGUUGCCCGGGCUGCGCUGGGCGCUCCUGCAAGCGGCCCCCCCAAUUCGCCCCCCCCCGGCUCCACGAUGUGGUUCUUCGCCCGGGACCCGAUCCGAGACUUCCCCUUCGAGGCCGCCUCCCCGCCGGAGCCCCCGCUGGCCCAACCGGGGGGCGUCUGGCAGCUGCACCGCGGGCGGAGGAAGACCACGGGCGAAUCGGUCUCCCUUUUCGUACACGAGGUGAAGCCGAGUUCCGAAGAGCAGAUCCAGCUUGCCAAAACGGCCUUCAAAUUCCUGAAGACGCUCCGGCACCCCAAUAUCCUGUCCUACAUUGAUGGCUUAGAGACAGAGAAAAGUUUACACGUGGUCACCGAGCCGGUGACGCCAUUGCCGGCUUACCUGGAGUCGCGGGGGGACGGGAAGGGUUUGAGCGAGCCGGAGAUUUCCUGGGGUCUUCAUCAGAUUGCGAAAGCCCUCAGUUUCCUGGUCAACGACUGUCAUCUCGUCCAUAACAACGUCUGCCUGGGCGUGGUUUACGUGGACCGUGCUGGCGAGUGGAAGCUGGGUGGCUUGGAUUACAUGUGCUCGGCCCAGGGAGACGUCACCGUGCCACAGAAGGGGGUCCCCGAGCUGGAGAAAUACAACCCCCCCGAAUUAUCCGACAGCACCAAAAACGUUGGCGAGAAAUGGUCAGCAGACAUGUGGCGAUUGGGCUGCCUCAUCUGGGAGGUUUUCAACGGCCCCCUGACCCGAUCGUCCUCCCUGCGGUCCCUCAACAAAAUCCCCAAGUCCUUGGUGCCCCAUUACUGCGAGCUGGUUUGUGCCAAUCCCAAGCUACGACCCAGCCCAUCCAAAUUCCUGCAGAAUUGCUCUCGGAUGGGCGGUUUCAUGGACAACAAGUUUGUGGAGACCAACCUCUUUCUGGAGGAGAUCCAGAUUAAGGAGCCGGCCGAGCGGCAGAAGUUUUUCCAAGAACUCAGUGACAACCUAGAUAAUUUCCCUGAGGACUUCUGUCGCCACAAGGUCCUUCCCCAAUUGCUGAUGGCUUUUGAGUUUGGGAGUGCAGGGGCCAUCAUCCUCACCCCACUCUUUAAGGUGGGGAAAUUCUUGAAUAGCCAGGAAUACCAGCAAAAAAUCAUCCCCGUAAUUGUGAAGAUGUUCUCUUCCCCGGAUCGGGCCAUGAGGAUCCGUUUGCUGCAACAGAUGGAGCACUUCAUUCAGUAUCUGAACGAGCCCACGGUCAACACCCAGAUCUUCCCGCAUGUGGUCCACGGUUUCCUGGACACCAAUCCAGCCAUUCGGGAGCAGACGGUGAAGUCCAUGCUGCUCCUGGCUCCCAAGUUGAACGAGGCCAACCUGAACGUGGAACUCAUGAAGCACUUCGCUCGCCUCCAGGCCCGCGACGACCAAGGCCCCAUUCGCUGCAACACCACCGUGUGCCUGGGCAAGAUUGGGCCAUACCUCAGUGCCAGCACGAGGCAGAACGUGCUUAUCUCGGCCUUCAGUCGGGCCACCAAGGACCCCUUUGCCCCCUCGCGGGCAGCCGGGGUCCUGGGCUUCGCCGCCACCCACAAUUUCUUCUCCAUCAAAGAGUGCGCCUUCAAAAUCCUGCCAGUGCUCUGCACCUUGACGGUGGACCCCGAAAAAACUGUCCGGGACCAGGCCUUCAAAGCCAUUCGCAGUUUCAUGACUAAACUGGAGACGGUUUCAGAAGAUCCGGAUCAGCUCUCAGAGCUUGAAAAAGAUGUCCAGGCUGCUUCUAUCAGUCCCGGGGUGGGCUCAGCCGCCAGUUGGGCCGGCUGGGCUGUGACGGGGGUCUCGUCGCUGACGUCAAAGCUGAUCCGGACAAACGCUGGAACGACGGUGGGAGCAGAACAGGCGGCUGAGGACGCCCCCGUCAAGAAGCCGUCGGAGGCCCCCAAAUCAGGUCCCGGCCCCCCUCCUGCUUCCGAGGGAGCAGCCCCCAGCCCCUCCAGCGGGUGGGAGGUGGAGGAGGAGGUGGGGGAAGAGGAGAGUGCGGCCGACCAAUGGGACGAUGAAGACUGGAGCAGCUUGGAGCAAGAAACGGAGCAGCCGAAGAGGCAGCCCAGCCCAGAUGACUGGAACAGCUCUGGCUGGUCGGAACCGGCCCAGACUUUCGGCAGUAGGACAGUUACCACCACAGCUUCCGACAGGCAGGACUCAGACUGGAACAGCUCUGCCUGGGAUCUGGAGCCGUCCUGGAGCCCCAAAAAGGGGGCGGCUACCCCCACGGACCCGCUCCCCUCCAGCCUCGGCACCAAAGCAGCUGCAGCCCAUCAAGACAUCAAACCGGCGAGCGAUUAUAACUGGGGGAGCGUGGGCUCCGGGGACAAAUCCGAUCCGUUUUCCUGUCUGGCUGGGAAGCCAACAUCGGAGAGGCAGAAAAAUGCCGACUCCCUGCGUGAAUGGACCUUUGAGGAAAACUGGGCCACGCUGGACUCCGAUCAAGGUCCCAGCAAGACGGAGCUGGCCCGGAAGAAACGAGAAGAGAGGCGCCAGGAAAUAGAAGCUCGGCGAGCCGAGAAAAAGGCAGCCAAGGGACCUAUGAAGUUGGGGGUCAGGAAAUUGGACUGACACUCUGCCCCACGCCCUGUUCUUCUUUCCCCCCCCCCACACCACGUUUGGACAGCUUGAUGCCUUCAAAGAGACUGCAAGGAAGAGGCUGGAAGUGUCUGCAACUCUGGUCCCCCAACCCAGUUUUGAAACGGAGUGGGAAAUUCGGGGUUCCCUCCAUCCGGUCUUGCUCGACGUGGGGACUCACACAGUCAGGCCCACCUGCGCCACACGUUCCUUUGCAACCUGCUGGGCCAAUUUCUCUGGUUUCGGAUAGUUAAACAUGAGACUUCUGGAAGCCUUGGGGUAGGGGGUGGGGAGAGAGGAUUGGAUCCGUCACACGGUCUCUGUGUGCAAAGAAAAUGAGAGUUUUGCACAGGGGCAAAGUACCAGGCGGAAGUGUGCAUGGGUGGGUGUGCGUGUGUGCAGGUGAUAAUCCAUGCCUGUUUCAUCAGCUGACACGUUAAGCAGAGAAAUGAAAUAUGAAUGAAAAGCUGCUCUCACUCUCUCUUGUCUCUUUCUGUCUCUCUUUCUCAUUGUCUCUGUCUUUUUGUCUAUUUUUCACUCUUUCUCUGUCUUUUUCUCUCUCUCUGUAUCUCUGUGUGUCUCUUCCUCAGUCUUUCUUUUUCUUUCUGUCUGUCUGUUUCUCUGCCUUUCUCUUUUUCACACUAUCUGUCUUUUUCUCUCUUUCUGUGUCUCUGUGUCUCUUUUCCUCAGUCUUUCUUUUUCUGUCUUUGUCUCUGUCUCUGUCUUUUUCUCUAUUUUUUACUGUCUUUUUCUCUCUGUCUCUUCCUCAGUCUUUCUCUCUUUCUCUUUCACUCUUUUUCUGUCUCUUGUUUUUUUCUCUCUUUCUUUGUCUCUCUCUCUUCCUCAGUCGUCGUUCUUUCUCUCUCUUUCUCUUUUUCUCUCUUUGUCUCUAUCUCUUUUCCUCAGUCUUUCUUUCUCUUUCUCUUUCUGUCUUUGUCUCUGUCUCUCUCUCUUUUUCUCUAUUUUUCACUCUCUUUCGCCGUCUGUGUCUCUCUGUCUCCUUCUGUCUUUCUGUGUCUUUUUCUCUCUUUCUCAAGGUCUUUCUUUCUCUGUCUCUCCCUCUCUUUCUGUCCCUGUCUUUCUCUCUCUCCCCUCUCCCGGCAAACCAAACACCUGCCUUUGCUUGGCAUGGCAAACUUGGGUUAAACUUGGCUUCAUCCUUGGGUGGCUUUUGCCUGCAAAGUGCAGCUGCCUCAGUGUGAUAGUUUGCAAAUCUGGAAAACGGGUUAAUUCUAAGAAGGAAAAAGAGAUGCAUUUCCUACUCCCCUCCGGCAUAAAUUUUGCAAUUUGGCUGGUUUUCGGCAAUCAGGUUGCCGAAGGGGGAGGUAUAUUUUGGUUUUCUCCCUCAGGGCUACCGAGAAUUACGGCUGAGGUGGGGUGGGGAGGAACGAGAAUCUCAAUCCCUCUCGUGUUUUUUUUUUCUUUUAGUAAAAUAGCUUGCGACUUUAGGAGAUGGUUUGGCGCAAUUAUUUUACUGCUUUUACAACCUGAUGAAAACAACACACUUGAUUCAAAGGUCUGGGCUGAAACCAGGCAAGGAAAAACAUCCUCAACCUUCUGUUACUUCUCACGUUACUCCGGAACUAUUUCAAGAAAAAAGCCCUUCAGGCAGUUAAUGUAAUAUAUAUAUAUAUAUAUAUAUUUUAAUGUGCAUUCACCCAGAGAGGUUAGACCUCCUCCUGUUUAGGAUAUGGCUGGAAAUAGCUUAGCUUUUUUUUUUUUUUAAAGUAAACAUUAAAAGGGUCUUUAAGUGUCCUGACCAAAGGUCCUGACUCCAUGACUAUUUGUGCAACAAGCAGGACAGGGGAAGAAUUGGUGUCAGCAGUGGGAUCCACAAAGCAGCAGUUUCGGUUUCCUCCAAGAUUCACAGAUCUCCUGAGGGGGUAGUGCACGAGGGACACGGAUCCACUGUCCCACCGUAGGAUUAAGUGCAGCACAGGUGCGGCUUUCCUGCAGCAGACCCGGAAUCCAGCUGCUGCCCAUCCUUCCUCCCCUCCCUCCCUAGAUAGCAACAAGCAGGCGCAUCAAACGAGCUGGAUGUUCUGUUGCAAACUGGCACCGGCGUACUUGUUUCGCAUGUGGUGAGGCUGGGCACCGGCACCCCCGGGGCCCUCCUGUCAUGUGGUGCUGGUGCUCCUUGGGCUGGACGGAAGACUGGAAUCCGAGACCUAUUGUGGGGGAAAAAAGCGAGAUCUUAAAAGAAGGAACCAAUCUGGGUUGUAGUAUUUUAGAGAAGAAACUCCAACGGAAAGAGAAUAACGAGUUGGAAGGGACCUUGGAGGCCUUCUAGUCUAACCCUCUACACAAGCAGGAAACCCUAGACCAGUGAUGGCUCAUCUUUUUGCCAUCGUGUGCCAGGAAGGGGUGGGGUGGGGGAGGUUUGCCCGUGCAUGUGCCCACACCCAUAAUUCUAUGUGCCCCGCCACGCACAUGUGAGCGCGACCCUCCACUCCUGACACACGAUGGCCUGGCAGGCCCAUUUUUCUUUCUCACCUGACUCCAGAUCCUCUCUAUGCAUCUGGGGAGGGCGAAAACAGCCUUCCCCACUCCCUCGGAGGCCGGAAGUUGAGAAACGGGCCGUUUCGGGCCUCCGAGGGGGUGGGGAAGGCUGUUUUCACCCUCCCCAGAUGCAUAGAGAGGAUCUGGAGCCAGGGAGAAAGAAAAAUGGGCCUUCCCCUGCCCCCCCAGGCCCUCUUCUGGCCAAAAAUCAGCUGACAGAGCUGAGCUGGUGUGCCAGGCAAUAUGUCUCCGUGUGCCACCUGUGGCACGCGUGCCAUAGGUUCGCCAUCACGGCCCUAGACGAUGGCGAACCUAUGGCAUGAGUGCCUGAAGUGGCGCACGGAGCUAUGUCGCCUGGCACGCCUGGCGUCACCCAUUCCUCUUCCGGGUUUCUGGCGCACAUGUGCACGCGAUGAUCAGCUGGCCUUAUUGAGCGCGGCAAGUCCCGGAAACUGGAAGAGCUGGCCAGUUGAUCGUGUUCAUGUGCACCAGAAACCUGGAAGACUAGCUGGCCGGCAUGCAUGCACGCGCUGGAAACCAGAAGUUCAUUUUCAGGUGCACGCAUGUGCCCUGGACAGCUCCUCUUCCGGGUUGCGGCCCAGCAUGCACGCACUCCCUUUUCAACAGUUGGUGCCGAACAGGUUUGCCAUCACUGCCCUAGACCAGGGGUGUCAAUCUCGAUUUCCUUGAGGGCCACAUCAAGGUUGUGUUUGACCUGGGAGGGCUGGGGGCGUGGUGUGGCAGGGGCAUGGGCAUGGCACGGGACUCAUAUCGGGGGCACCUGUGGUGGCCAAGUGCUAAGGCAGGACUUCCCCGAGACCCACCCUCCUCAUAAUCUCCUUUCCUUUUCCUCUUUUUCCUUCCCUCUUCCUUCUUCCUUCCCCUCUUUCCUUAUUUUUCCUUCUUUGCUCUCUUCCCAUCUUCCCUUCUUUUUCUUUCUUUGUCUUUCCUCUUUCCCUUAAGAAUAGAAUAGAAUGGAAUGGAAUGGAAUGGAAUGGAAUGGAAUGGAAUGGAAUGGAAUGGAAUGGAAUGGAAUGGAAUGGAAUGGAAUGGAAUGGAAUAAUAUAGAAUGGAAGAAGAGAGGAGAAAAUAGAAGAGAAGAGAAAGAGAAGAGAAAAUAGAAGAGAAGAGAAAGAGAAGAGAGAAUAGAAUAGAAUAGAAUAGAAUAGAAUAGAAUAGAAUAGAAUAGAAUAGAAUAGAAUAGAAUAGAAUAGAAUGAGAGAAUGGAAUAGGAAAUGGAAGGGAAGGGAAGAGAAGAGAAGAAUACAGAAGAGUAUACAGAAUUAGAAUAGAAGAGAAUAGAAUAGAAUAGAAUAGAAUAGGGAAUGGGAAGGAGUGGAGUGGAGUGGAGUGGAGUGGAAUAGAAUGGAAUGGAAUGGAAUGGAAUAAUAUAGAAUGGAAGAAGAGAAGAGAAAAUAGAAGAGAAGAGAAAGAGAAGAGAAAAUAGAAGAGAAGAGAAAAUAAAAUAGAAUAGAAUAGAAUGAGAGAAUGGAAUAGGAAAUGGAAGGGAAGGGAAGAGAAGAAUAUACAGAAGAGAAAAGUAUACAGAAUUAGAAUAGAAUAGAAUAGAAGAAUAGAAUAGAAUAGAAUAGAAUAGAAUAGAAUAGAAUAGAAUGGGAAGGAGUGGAGUGGAAUGGAAUGGAAUAGAAUAGAAUAGAAUAGAAUAGAAUAGAAUAGAAUAGAAUAGAAUAGAAUAGAAUAGAAUAGAAUAGAAUAGAAUAGAAUAGAAUAGAAUUCUUUAUUGGCCAAGUGUAAUUAGACACACAAGGAAUUUGUCUUUGGUGCAUACGCUCUCAGCGUACAUAAAAAGAAAAGAUAAAUUUGUCAAGAAUCAUAAGGUACAACACUUAAUGAUAGUCAUAGGAUACAAAUAAGCAAUCAGGAAACAAUAUCUAUAAAUUGUAAGGAUACCAGCAACAAAAUUACGGUCAUAAGUGGGAGGAGAUGGGUGAUGGGAACGAUGAGAUUAAUAGUAGUGCAGACUUAGUGAAUAGUUUGACAGUGUUGAGGGAAUUAUUUGUUGAGCAGAGUGAUGGCGUUUGGGGAAAAACUGUCCUUGUGUCGAGUUGUUCUGGUGUGCAGUGCUCUAUAGUGUCGUUUUGAGGGUAGGAGUUGAAACAAUUUAUGUCCAGGAUGUGAGGGGUCUGUAAAUAUUUUCACAGCCCUCCUUUUGACUCGUGCAGUACACAGGUCCUCCAUGGAAGGCAGGUUGGUAGCCAUGGUGUUUUCUGCAGUUCUAAUGAUCCUGUGAAGUCUCUGUCUGUCUUGUAGGGUUGCAGAACCAAACCAGACAGUUACGGAGGUGCAGAUGACAGACUCCAUCAUUCCUCUGUAGAAUCCUGUCCCUUCUUGGAUGCUCAAAUGCAAAAGGGGAAGAAACAUUUCUCCUUUUGUUUUUAGCUUGUUUUGAUAGUCCUCUGCCAGCAAAAAUGGACCUGGGGAGGGGGGGACUGUGUGCAGCUCCCCGUGCCACUUUCUUGGUCUGGACAGCCUCCUGCAGCCCUCUGCCAGCAAAAACAGAGCCCGGGGGGGGCACAUACGGCCCCCCAAACUCCCUUUUCAUUGGCAGAGACAAAGAGGGUCGGUCCAGGCCUGUUUCCAGGCCGGCACUGUGGUCCAGAUCUAAGCACCCCAAGGUCUUGGGCCUUGAGAUUGAUACCCCUGGCAAGACAUUCCCAAUUCCUGUAAUCCCUCAAAUGCUAGAAUAUCUGCUCUCAUGUCACCCCUAGUCCUUCUCUUCACUAGACCGGCUAUGCCCAGUUCCUGCAACUGUUCAUCGUCUGUUUUGGCCUCCAUCAUUAUCCUGGUUGCUCUUCUCUGCACCCUUUCUAGAAUCUCCACCUCUUUUCUAUAUUGUGAUGACCAAAACUGGAUGCAGGACUCUAGGUGUGGCCUUACUAAGGCUUUGUAAAGUGACACUAGUAAAUCUAUGUGUGAUCUCGA